AUGCCUGUAUAUCUUUCCAACGCCUCGUCACUUCAUUCUCUUACCAUCACACUCUUCUAUCAAAGCAAAUACCUCGAGCACAUCAACGACAUAGAAGACCACAAAAUCAUCAUUCUGCAGAUGCAUGGAAGGCACUUUGAAGCCUACAUUGAACGUAGCAUGGACGAAAAAGCCAUCUACGAGGCUUUGCAGAUCGUCUUGAGCUCCGAGCUCGACAACAACCUCGACGGCAACCAGUGCAUCAUCUACGACUCGGUGCGCAAUCGAAGAGCGCGCCUUCACUACGACGAGAUGAACCCCAACAUCAUCUACACCGUCGAGCCCACCUUUUCGCACGUUCACGGCUCCAAGGCCGGCUCCGGUGCGGCGCGCAAGACUACCCACAACAUCUCCCAUAUCAUCCAAAAUUGGGAGCUACAGGAUGCCGACGACAUCUUCUCGCCCGAAAUCACACCGCGUCAGGAAGAGGGUAGCUAUGAUCGCCGCAGCCGCCGCCCCCUCCUCCAUCCUCUCGAUUGGGGCAGGUCAUUCACGGACAAACUGCGGGCACUGAGCUUCAAGAGCCAAGGCCGGCAUUUGGAGGCUGUUGAGCUCGUACAGGCUGAGGGGAAUGCGCGCUGCGAGGGUGACGAGUCCGAGGUGCUGGAAGCAGUCAAUGCAGAUAUUGUGGCUGCUACAGCCAAGUGGGCGAAGAAUAUGGAGCAAGAGGGAGUGGAUGUUGGCGACGACAAGAACGGAAAGGGUGUCCUGCGUGGGGGUGUGAAGGAGGAUGUGGAGGAUACAGAGGAUGGGGGUGGGCAUGUUGGGUGGGCUUAUGAGCAAGAUGGCAGCUUCAAGAUUGGAACUCACUUCCGCUAG